AUGAUCAUGAUCAACUCCUUGGGCCCCAGAUUCCCCAGCGCUGCCUUCUGCGUCUUUCGCGUCAAGAAUAAUCAAGGCCCUCGAUAUGGGACUGAGUGGGAAAUAUUUGCACUGGACGCCGCCAGCUGUCAGGCCUUUCUUCUCCUGGGCUAUGAUCAGGGUGUUAUGAGUGGGUUGGUGGGAGCCAACAAUCAGUUUGGCAAGCAGUUCAACCACCCUGAUGCUACGAUGCAGGGGAUCUUGACCUCGAUUUACGAUAUCGGCUGCGCCGUCGGAUGUCUUCUCAGUUUCAUCGUUGGCCACCGAGUUGGUCGUAAGCGGAUGAUUAUCGCAGGUGGCUCCAUCAUGGUUAUUGGCACGAUUAUCCUGGGCUCUUCGUACAGUACCGCGCAGUUCUUGGUCGGCAGAGUUGUAACCGGCUUCGGAAACGGCAUCAACAGCAGCACGGUACCGACAUACCAGAGUGAAAUGGCCCGACCGGAACACCGCGGUAGACUUCUCUCCGCGCAGGGCACAGUGACCAUCGUGGGUCUCUGUAUUGCAUACUGGAUCGACUACGGAUUAAGCUUUGUGGACUCGCCUGUGCAGUGGCGCUUCCCGAUCAGCUUCCAGGCAUUCUUCGCCGUUUGUCUUGUGGUUCAGAUGCUCCCUCUUCCAGAUACUCCUCGCUGGCUUUGCGAACAAGAUCGGAGCGACGAGGCUGCCUCUAUUCUAGCCCGCCUCCAACUCGAGCAGCCCGCGAAUGAGUCUACACCCGACGUCGUGCACCUGCGUCGCCAGAUUGAGACAUCCAUUGAAAUCGAGUCUGCUGGCGGACCCUUCAAGUACAAGGAGCUUCUGUGGGGGGGCAAGAUUCAAAACCUUCGUCGCAUGAUCCUUGCGGGUCUAGUCAAUGUCCAGCAGCAGUUCACUGGAUCAAACAUGAUCAAUUACUAUGCACCCGUCGUCUACCAAAAUGCCAUGCACCUCUCCCGCAACCUGUCCUUGAUUCUUGGCGGCUGCACCUCUCUCGCAUAUCUCUUCGGAUCAAUCAUCCCCCUGUGGAGUAUGGACCGGUUCGGUCGCCGAGCCUCACUCAUGUUAUCUGCGGCCGGUCUUUGCUUCUGUUUCGUGAUGGUCGCUAUCUUGCUGUCGAUCGGCUCCACGCAAUGUGCGUAUGCUGCGACCGCAUUCGUUUUUAUCUUCCAGAUUUUCCUAGGAUUUGGAUACUUGCCCGUUCCAUGGUUCUAUCCUAGUGAAAUCACCACCACUCGCAUUCGUGCCAGAGGUCAGGCAUUUGCAGGUUUCAUCAACUGGAUGUGUGUCUUCAUCGUUGUGCAAGUAACGCCAACCGCAAUUGAUAACAUCGGGUGGAGGACAUUCAUUAUUUUCGCCUGCUUCUGUUUCUCAUGGAUCCCAAUGGUAUACUUCUUCUUCCCCGAAACCAAGGGACUGGAACUGGAGGAUGUCGAUCAUCUUUUCGAGGCCGGCGGUAUCACCGGGGGCGUUUUUGCGUCGCGUGGAUACCCCGUCCGGCCAGGGUUCCACCGCAGCCAAAAUACGGACAGGAUUGAAAAGCCCAUUACUGAGCACGUUGAGGCUGGGGCAAAUGUAUAA